AAAUUUCAACAAUGCACAUUGAAGAAGGGGGGGGGGGGAGUAGGAGCAUGCAGCAUGCGGUUAGAGCUCGUUAACGUGUCCAUUAAAGUGAACGAGUGUGCGUGGGGAAAACGAACAGUGAUCUCUCUUUGGAAUAAUUAAUUGACAGCUAUUUGCAACUUAAUGGAUGGACGGGUGGUUUAGUGUCCCAGCAAUGUAAGAGCAUCUUCUCGCUUAUAGAGGAUCUGUGACGUGUGCAAAUCGUCGGAAGACGUCAAGGUAGCCCAAAACAAAACACCCCCAAAGAAAUUAAGCUCAUCAUCGCAGCAAAAGUGACAACAAAUGGUUAAAAGAGCUCACAACACGGUGACUUGUCUUCUAAAUGUUUCAGCCCUGCAAAACGUUUGUCUUUUCUGCAGAGGGGCUGACAUUCCUGAGCUCGCGCUGCACCUCCGGGCAAAAGGCGGCAAACCUGUUUUGAGGCGCACGUGUGUGGUGCAGCUGCAGGUAUGGACGGCGUGUUGGACGGCGCGUCGGUCUUGUGCGUCUUCAAGCUGGUGAGCGGCCUGCCGUGCCUGCCGUUGGUGGCCACGUCGCGCAGCCCCGUGGGAUUCUCCGGCUGCUGCAUCCUCAUCUUCACGGACUUCCUGCUCACGGUUUACCUGAGCUUCCUGGGCGUCUUCGAGUCGUGGUUCACGGGGCUGACGCCGGUGCCGGGCGUCAUCGCUCUGCGCUUCCUGCUCUUCCUGAGCCACACCUACGGCGCCGUGCUGAUGCUCAUCACGCCCCUGGUGGCCGUGGAGACCUUCGCCCGACUCCUGUGGUCGAACAGAGACGCUGAGAAAGAGGAGGAGGAGGAGGAGGACGUGGAGGAGGAGGAAGGCGGCUGGUGGCGUCACGCCAUUGGCUACCUGUGCUGUUUGUCGGUGUGGGUGUCGGUGGCGCUCAGCCUGCGGUGUCGAUGGAAGUCGGAAGAAGCCAGGACGACGGCUUGUCUGGUCACCGGGGGCUCUUUGAUACGGUGCCUGCCCAACCUGCUGAGCCCCCUCCCCAGCGCGACGCGGCCGUGCUGGGGUGCGGCCUUCCUCUACUUGAUCCUGCUCCUGCUCGCAUGCUUGCUUCUCUUCCUCAGACGGACAACGGUCGUGACCUGCCGUUGUUCGUCUGAAGAGAAGACGAACGGACACACCACGACGCCUGUCGGGUGGCCGCACGGGCGUCGGCGGCGGGCUUCGGACCUCACGCUGGCCUCGCUGGCAGUGCUCGGCGUCCUGGUGCUGCCUCUUUAUCUCGGCGUCAACGUCCUCCUCCUCAGGAGCGUGGAGACCCUCCUGGAGGCCUCCGCGAGCGUCUUUUCGGGAUCCGCCCCCCGAGGCGCCACGGUCGCCGCGCCGGUGUGAAGCGAUUGGACUCAGAUUGAAACGGGAUUACCAGAUUACGAUGAUGUGGCGACAGCGUUUUACGCGCGAGUCCCAGCGAGAUGCCGAGGAUGCAGGUUGAGGGAGACGAGCCGGCUAAAGCCGAGGAGGAUUACGGGUCACAGUACAAGGACGACGACGACGAUGCGGUGAUACAGGAGUUAUGAACAAAAACAUAUGUCCAUACGUGUGUGAAUGAUUGUUGGUUGACGGCACCACAGCAUUGGACUAACUCAAUGAAGCUCCUCCCCUCACUUCAACAUAGUGCUUUAGCACCGAGACAGAAGCAAAGCGUAGGACUGACUAAAGUCAGAUCAUGCAGUGAGGAAAAUAAGUAUUUGAACACCCUUGCUAUAUUGCAAGUUCUCCCACUUAGAAAUCAUGGAGGAGUCUGAAAUUUUUAUCGUAGGUGCAUGUCCACUGUGAGAGAUAAUCUAAAAAGAAAAAUCCAGAAAUCACAAUGUAUGAUUUUUUUUUUAACGAUUUAUAUGUGUGAUACAACUGCAAAUAAGUGUUUGAACACCUGUCUAUCAGCUAGAAAUCCGACCCUCCAAGACCUGUUAGUCCGCCUUUAAAUGUCCACCUCCACUCCAUGGAUUAUCCUGAAUCAGAUGCACCUGUGUGGGGUCGUUAGCUGCAUAAAGACACCUGUCCACCCUGUACAAUCAGUAAGACUCAAACUUGUAACAUGGCCAAGACCCAAGAGCUGUCCAAAGACACCAGAGACAAAAUUCUACAACUCCACACGGCUUAAAAGUGCUAUGGAGAAAUUUCCAAGCAGCUUGGUGAAACUUCUGGAGCAAUCGUUAGAAAAUGGAACAAGCUAAACAUGACUGUCAAUCUCAAUCGGAGUGGAAGCCCAUGCAAGAUAUCACCUCGUGGGGUCUCAAUGAUCCUUAGAGAGGUGAGGAAUCAGUCCAGGACAACACGGCAGGACUUGCUGAAUGACCUGAAAAGAGCUGGGACGGCCGUUUCCAUGGUGACUGUUGGUAAUACACUAGGACGUCAUGGUUUGAAAUCAUGCAUGGCACGGAAGGUUCCCCUGCUUAAACCAGCGCACGUCGAGGCCCGUAUUAAGUUUGCCAAUGACCAUUUGGAUGAUACAGAGGAGUCAUGCUGUGAAAGUUUUGUGGUCAGAUGAGACCAAAAUUGAACUUUUUGAUCAUAAUUCCACUAACUGUGUUUGGAGAAGGGCUAAUGAUGAGUUCCAUCCCAAGAACACCAUCCCUACUGUGAAGCAUGGGGGUGGUAGCAUCAUGCUUUGAGGGUGUUUUUCUGCACAUGGGACAGGACGACUGCACUGUAUUGAGGAGAGGAUGACUGCGGGAACAACCUCUUUCCCUCAGUCAGAGCAUCAAAGAUGGGUCGUGGGUGGAUCUUUCAACACGACAAUGACCCGAAGCACACAGCCAGGAAAACCAAGGAGUAUCUCCGUAAGAAGCAUAUCAAGGUUUUGGUGUGGCCUAACCAGACUCCAGACCUAAAUCCAAUCAAAAAUCUUUGGAGGGAGCUCUAAUUCCGUGUUUCUCAGCGACAGCCCAGAAACCUGUUUGAUCUAGAGAAGAUUUGUGUGGAAGAGUGGGCCAAAAUCCCUCCUGUAGUGUUUGCAAAUCUGGUGAACAACUACAGGAAACGUUUGACCUCUGUAAUUGAAAAAAAAAAAAAAAAAAAAAAAGCCUACUGUACCAAAUAUUAACAUUGGUUUUCUUAGGUGUUCAAAUACUUAUUUGCAGCUGUAUCACACAAAGAAAUCGUUAAACAUUCAUACAUUGUGAUUUAUGUAUUUUUCUUUUUAGAUGAUCUCUCCCACAGUGGACAUGUAGCUAUGAUGAAAAAUUUCAGACCCCUCCAUUUUUAAGUGGGAGAACUUGCCAUAUAGCAGGGUGUUCAAAUACAUAUUUUCUUCACUGUAAUUCCUUGGUACAAGAUGAUGCCGACACCCAAAAAUAUCAUCUUAGACUGAGUACAAUAACAGGAAGUGGAGGUUUUCCAUGAGGUGUCCCAAAAAUCUUCAAAAUGGGGAGGUUCACUCGUCAGCUGGGAUAAGCACUAGCGCCAUCAAAAAUGGAUGGUGGAUAAAAAAAAACCAUCCAGGACAAAAAAAAAAAGUGUAGCAAAAAACAAAAAGGAAAUACAGUACUGAUUGUUUAAUGCUGCUUUUGACUGUUACUAUUACAAUAUUAAUUUUUAGUUGUAAUGAAAGAAUUACAUCAUUAAAAUCAAACACUGGGCUGACUGGUUGGUCAAAUAAAACAGGAGGUGCGGUCAAGGACGUCUGUUUAAACCGUUUAGGGAGACGCAGGUGAGCAAACAAAAUGCGAGGAUGACGAAUAAAACUCGAACACAGGAAAUUACAUGGGAAGUUAUAUAGUAUGAAAUUACUUUUUUAAAAUAAAAUUAAAAAAAAAAAUCAGGAAAUAGUUGUUUUAAUAAUAAGAACAGAAAAUGUAAAAAUCAGGAAAAUUGGCCAUGUGAAUUUUUUUUUUUAAAUAUGCUGAAAUGACGUUGCAAAAUAAAAUCACGUGAUAGUUUAAUUUCACUUAUUUCUUUAUUCAAAAGCGUAAAACGAUUAGCACAGUGUACGAGUGUUUCGCUUCAAAUGACGUCUGACCUUCCUGUGUGGAAUGGGCGUGUUCUCCCCGCACUUGCGUGGCUUUUCUCCGGGUACUUUUUAUCUUCUUCCUACAUUCCAGAAAGACGCGUCCUGCCUUAUUUGGAGACUUUUCGGGGUUCUUAUUUGUCUACCGCGUACAUGCGGCCUGCGUUUGGCUGGCCAGGAAGUCAACCCAAGUCGUGCGGGAUCGAGCGCAUCUCAGCCGUAUGACCUUAAUGAUGACAGAAGUGCUUAAAAUAAAAAAAAAUUAAAAAAUGGAUGGAUGGUGAGUUGGAAAAUCACCUAU